AUGCCCAAGAUCAAAAUUAGGAAGCCGAGGGAACCAGAGCCCAAUGAACCGGAACCCCAGCUCAAGAAAAUCAAGAUUAAAGCCAAGGGAGGUCAAGAUGCCAACAAAGAAAGAGCUGGAGGGGGAUUGAAGGUCAGGUUGUCCAGAAGAGAGGAUAGCCCAGAACAGCAAAAAUCAACACCAGGCACAAUGAAACUCAAGAUCAAUUUGGGCGGCAAGGACAAGUCCGAGUCAACCGCUUCAACAACGCCAAAAGCCCCAAGAUUCCGAAUUAAGCCUGUUAGAGUUCCUGGGGAGGGCUAUGACUCUGAGGCAUCAGAUAUCGAAGACGACCCGCUUAUCGAAGAGGGAAUUAUACUUCGUGUUUUGCCAGAUGUGCAAACAGAAUUUGUUAAGAGCUGCAUUGAGAGCGGGGACUUUUCGGGGUUGAGCCUAAAGUGGAAAGGCGAGAGGCACGCAGUCGUGAAGAUCAAUGGACUACAAUAUGGAGCAGUCCUCGUUAACUUACCGACAGUAAUAGAGGUUAACAAGAGCGUUGAUAGAAAGAACUUACUCAAAACUUUUGAUGUAUCACAAAUGCUAUUGUGCGUGAGGACUAUAGAGCAUGAAGAGGACGUAUUCUCGUUGGUACCACCAGAUACAGAAGACUUAGUUACAAAACAUUUCACAGAAUACAAAAGCGAAAUUAGAGAAUGCAAAAAAACGCUCUAUCGUGGGUUCAAUGGAGGGCCAUUAACUGACGCAGAAGCCAGCAAUAUCGACCAGAUUGUUAGAAAAGGAUAUGACUACAAGCAUGGCUUGACACCACCCCUUUAUAACGUACGAAACCGUAGGUUCCGGCGCAGGUUGACGUCCCAGGAGAUAGACUACGUGGAAAAAACUGUUGAGCUUCUUCUAAGCCAGGACGCAGAGACGGAAGGGUUUAGCUAUGACUUAGUAGAUGAAGAUAUCUUGGCUCAAAGGUCAACAAGUAACGAGGAACAAAGACAAAAUUCUUCGGACAAUGGACUCGACUUGUUUGGAGACGACGACCACGAAGACUUGGAAAUGGAGCUUGAGCAGGCAUUACAAGAGGACAGACAAGGGGCUGACCAAAUCGCUAAUACCAAUCAAAUUCCCGCCGUGGAGGAAACCGGUGACGAUGUUGAACAGGACAAUGGCGACGAUGACGAUGAAGAGGAUGAGGAUGAAGAAGGAGAAGAUGAAGCAGACGAAGACGUUGUUCCAAGCACAGCUAAACCAGCAGUGGAUGAAGAGAGGCAGCAUAGCGAGCUGUUGAGAGAUGAGUUGGAGGAGCUUGAGUCCACCCUGCAACAAAACAGGCAGAAGCUUGAGAAAGCCACAAAUCCUUUGUUGAAAUCGAGGUUUAUUGAAAGCAUAAAGAAGUUGGAGAAAGAAGUGGAGUUGAAAAGAAAACAGGUCAAAUCUAAUCAAGAGCCUUCUUCAAGCCAUCCUGAGAGCUUGGCCCCCAAUGACGAAGAAGGGGACGAGGAAGAGGAGGAGGAGGACGACGAAGAGGUGGAGGACGACGAUGACGAUGAAGAUGAGGAAGAUGCAGCAGCUGCGCCAAGCAACACACCAGGCCGCAAAGCCGGGGCCAACGAAGAACUCGACCAGGAUGAUAUGGACAUGAUGAUGCUUUUCGGCGGCGAAGGCGAUGAGUGA